AUGGACGCUUUCGGACUCCCCAUGGCCUUUGGCAAGAAAGCCAAGACUGGUCCUGUUAACUUAUCAGCCAAAGUCGCAACCACAAAAAGAAGCGAAGUCGUCCUCUCUCCUCCUCCUCCUUCUCCCCCCGCUCAAAAGCCCGAGAUCAAAGCGGUGUCCCCGGAGCCUGGACCCUCACAGCCUGUAUUCACAGCUUCACAGGACGAGUCGGACGACGAGGAGAUAGGACCUGCGCCCCCGUCGAACGGGAAGCGGAAAGCCGACGAGGACGGAGGACAGGAUGAGGGGGAUGAAUAUGGAGAGGAGGAUGAGGAAGAGGAAGAGGUGGAUCGGACGCCUAUAUCACAUGAGAUCGUCUUGAAAGAUCAUACGAAGGUGGUGACCGCCCUUGCUGUGGACCCUCCAGGUGCUCGACUGGCGACGGGAUCACAUGACUAUGAUACCAAAUUGUGGGAUUUUGGAGGAAUGGACGCUAGAUUGAAGCCAUUCAAGUCGUUCGAAGCCAAUGGGAAUUAUCAUGUCCGCGACCUUGACUACUCUCUGGACGGACAACAUUUGUUGAUCAUUUCUGGCACUGUCCAGCCGAAGAUCUUCAGUAGAGACGGAGAUGAGGAGAUCGAGUUCAACAAGGGGGAUGUUUACUUGAGGGAUAUGAAAAAUACUCAAGGCCACACAGCUGAAAUCAACGCCGGAUCAUAUCAUCCUUUGGACAAGACACAAUUCUUGACCUGUUCGAAUGACUCGACCUUACGAAUAUGGGAUGUGGCCAACAAGAGAAAACAAAAACAAGUGAUAGUAGUCAAGUCAAAAGAGCGAGGGGCUAGAACACGAGUGACGGCUUGUGGGUGGAGUCAUGAUGGUAAAAUGGUAGCUGGGGCAUGCCUCGAUGGCACGUUACAUAUCUGGAACACAUCGUCAAAUUUCGCCAGAUCUAAUCUAUCCAACGAAACCGCUCAUACGAAAAAUACCGAGACAACAGGCCUCGCUUUUGCUCGGGAUGGUCAUAGGAUAACAACGAGAGGAGGGGAUGAUACUGUCAAACUGGCCUCAGAUCUAGGGAAUAUAUAUCCCGAUACCAACGUCAUCUUCUCACCUGAUGAUCGAAUUGUUUUAACGGGUACUGCUGCGCCAAAAGGUCAGAAAGGGAGUUUGGUAUUUCUUUCUGGAGAUGAUCUGGCGGUGCAGAGAAAGUUACCUCUUGGAGAAGGAUCGGUAGUGAGGGUAUUGUGGCAUUCGAGGAUUAAUCAGAUCUUUGCCAGUCUCAGUACAGGAGCUGUCCAUGUCCUUUACUCUCCUCAUUCAUCGAUCCACGGCGCGCUUCUACCGCUUGCCAAAAUGCCCCGUACAGCCCCUCGAGACAUCUCAUUCUCCGUCGCCGACCUCAAUCCCGUCAUUUACACACCCGAGGCUCUGCCAAUGUUCGCAGAUAAAAAAUACGGUGAAUCGCUACAUCAGAAGGAGAAGAGGAGUAAGAAGUUCAAGCCGAUGGAACCUGUCAGCGGUGUGGGCAGAGGGGGGAGGGUGGGGGGAAGUACGACACAAGGUUUCGUACAGUCGUUGUUUUCUGAAAAGAUUGAUCCGGCGGAGGAUCCUCGGGAAGCUCUACUCAAGUAUGCGGAAAAGAAGGAGAAAGAGAAGGAGUAA